AUGACGACUCAACACAGGCUGAUUUCACUUUUAGUGGUGUUUUAUAUUUUUCAAGCUGUUCCAGUUGCCUCCUCGUUGUCCUGCUUCUCGUGCAACCACGACGAGGGUGACGAUGUGUGCGAAGAAAGUCUCAUCGAAUGUGAUGCCAGUUCCGCCUCGGUCGACAUGUUGCGGGUGUUGGCAUUCAAACCGACCGUCCAGAUGAUACAGACGUCGGAUUUCCGCUGCUUCGAGCUGAUCGUCGAAGAGACCGGUGAUCGUCGGUAUCGGAUUCGCGGCUGUUCGUACGAUUCGAUGGACGUGUGCCAGGGGGAAACACGUAUCGGGGUGCAGGCGGGAUGCAGAUGGUGUAACGAUCGCGAUGGGUGCAACUCGGCCGGAAGCCUUCGAGUGAGUUUGCUUGUGCUUGGUGGAUUAUUAGUGGCAGGAUUUACUAAGCAACUCAUGUGAUGCAUUGUAAGCAACUUUUAAACGAGUCAUGUUUCGAAAUUCCUGAAAAUCCACCCUCGGUUAAUACUUUUCUUGAUGGAAUUGUAGCAGGAUUAUCAAAUGUGCCGCAAUAGACGUUAUCAUCUGUAAUUAGACACUUGUGUUAUCAGAGGAUGUAUUGGAGAAUAUACGCAGGCGAUUACCGUGAAUAAAAAGCGACG